AUGGCCCAAGGACUCUCUUCUGGCGUUGAUAUCGAAGAGAAUGUAGCCUCGCCAAAAGGGAUGCCAAUGACGGGAAUGGAAGCGAUCUCACAAGUUGCACUCUCUCAUUGUCGGGAUAACGUUUCAUUUAUAUCGAAGUUCCCGACCACUGUGGUGGCUACCCAGGCAGAAAUAGCUCCAACUCCAAUGGAAAAAGAUGCACCUGUUAUCAAAUCCGAAACUGUUCUCCAAGAGCGUUCUACAUCGCCGAACUCCUCGACAUCGGACUUUACAGGAGAAUCCAGCGUUCAAUUUUGUUUAUGUGGACCAGAACCAAAGAUUCCCCGUCCAAGAAAUGCAUUCAUAUUGUUCCGGCAGCAUUUGCAGAGCUCUGUCGUUGCAGAGAACCCGGGGCUGCCGAAUCCAGAUAUAUCAAAGAUCAUCGGAAAGAUAUGGAAGGGACUUCCACUUAAAGACCAGGAGCCGUGGAAGAAGCAUGCAGAUGAAGAGAAGGCUAGGCACCUGCAGAAGUACCCAGGCUACCGAUAUCAACCACGACGGCCCGGUCGCAAGAGGAGAAAUACAAAUACGGCUGGGCCUACGAUUAAAAUUGAUUUUGCUGGUGCAUCAAUUUGUAGUCGGUGUGGUGGGAAGCCCAUGAAAGCCCCCUCCACCCCGUCCACUCCUUUUAUCCCAAAUUUCAAUAACCAGACAGAUAGCCCGAAAGUGUCCCAAGCGAAUACUGAAAGGGUUCAAAGCACACAAAGCCGCCGCCUGAAAUUAGAAAAUAUUCCUAGUCCUAUUAAAGUCGCAUAUGAUGAAAGUUGGAGUCCAGCCCCGCUCCAUGAUGAAAACAUACCGCCUCAAUCGCCAUGUAUCAAGCGACGCCGCAGUGAAGAGAACGAGAUGUACCCAUCAGUUCGCCAUAGUAUGGGCCCAGAAAACCCUUACUUAUCUAGGGUAACGACCUUUCAUCGCCCGGAAUUGGCACAGAACGUUAAUUCGCUGAAUUAUGUAUGGGCAUCUCAAUCACAGCAUUCAAGUUCGGUACCUCCGUCACCUCAUGACCCCAGCCUUGUUCUCCCGCCAUUAAAAAUAGUGGCCUCCGGGCAUCCACAAACCCCAACAAAAGCGGAAGAACGACCACCAAAGACUCUCUCAUUCUUGAACAAGAUAAGCCUCUUAUCCAAAGGCUCUUCCCCAUAUACUGUUUGUUCAGCCCCAGGCUCGAGCCAUGCAGGGGGCGCUGUCAUUGCAAUCGAGGGCCAGAAUUCGGAAUCAGUUGCGUGGGUUACCGAAUACCUGAAUAAUUCUCUUUCUUGCGACGAUGGUGGAAAUGUCCGGGUUUUCAAGGGUCCAAAAGCUGGCACAUCAACAGCCUUAGGGGAUACACGAGAAGCAGCCGGAAAUUUCCUUGAAACCAUUUUUUCCUGGUAUAAAAUAUCGGGUACAAUAAUCGAAUUCCUUAAUGAUCGGCUUUUACCAGCAGUUCGGCAGACUCUGUCCGGGGAGUCUGAAUCCAAUGCAUCGUUCCAGUCAAUUAUCCCCAAAACCGAAGAUUUGAGUAUCUGCUCACCCGAGCGGUCGGCUUCUAGUGAAAUGGUCUUUACUCCUGAAUCUGCCGAGACAGUCUCGUCACCUACAUCAUCCUCAUGUAACAGUGGCUCAAUACUCCGCAUUGCGCUUGUCCCACACUACCAGCUAGCUACCACUGAAGCACAUGCAUGCUCAAUACCAACUAACAGCUCGCACGAUCUUACAGAUCAUUGGGAACGUAUGGCGGUGCAGUGGGGCAGCUGUGUUGGACCAGAUAUCACCGUAUAUAUACGGGAUUGCGACCAAGCCGAGAUGUGUAAGUAUGGUGCUGGAAAUUCUGUUGAAAACCGUCUUGAUGACCUUCGCACAUUGGUAAUCAGGCGCCUUACUGGCAGCACUGAAGGUAUCGAUGAGAAAGCAUUGAGGAGAGUUGGAUUCGAGGUCAAAGAGUUUCUCAGGAAAUAA